UCAAAUUGCGAAGAAAUUUUCCUCGAUUUUCAUUAACGCUUAUACUUCGCACGAGACAAUAUACUAUUCAAGGAGUUUUUUAGUAAAAUAAACCGGGAAAACUAACAUAAAAAGGUUCGCUUUUCGAAUUGUAGAAAAAAGAAACAACUAUGGUUUACACCGGCUACGAAAGCAACGGAUUGCAAAUUGCUGACGAAACUGAAUGGGUGCCAUAUGGCGAGGCCGGUGACUGGGAGCAGGGCCUAUCCGUUUACGAUGGAGUCGAACUAAUGAGCGGCGAUGAGCAGGAGCUGCAGCCCUCCUUGAACCGGGUGAUGAGCCUCAUUGACUACGACCUGGCCAUGAAGCAUCCACUGGAGCACACCUGGACCCUUUGGCACUGGGAGAACGAUCGCACCAAGAGCUGGACCGAGAUGCUCAGCGAUGUGACCAGCUUCAAUACUGUGGAGGACUUUUUUAGUGUUUACUACUUUGUCAAGCCCCCAUCGGAUCUGAAGAUAUUCAAUGACUAUAUGGUCUUUAAGGAAGGUGUUCGUCCCAUGUGGGAGGAUGAUGUGAACAAGGAGGGCGGCCGUUGGAUUAUGCUAUUGGACAAGGCCUCCCGGGGCUUCAUAGAUAAAAUAUGGCAUGAUUUGCUUUUGUGCAUGAUUGGGGAGUGCUUCCAAUACUCGGACGAGAUAUGUGGAGUGGUCAUUAAUGUGCGCAAUAAGGCCAAUAAGUUAUCCCUCUGGACCAAGGAUUCGCGCAAUGUCCAGGCCAUUCUGUCCAUUGGCCGCCAGAUGAAGGAGCUGCUGCAGCUGGGCGAGCUGGAGAUCCAGUACCAGGUGCACAAGGAUGCCAUGGUGCAGCACGGACCCAAUGUGCACUCCAUAUACAAGUUGUAG